AUGAUCUUAACCCAGGAAUGCAAUGCAGUGAUCCAAGAAGGCAUUCCACCAAAACUAAAAGACCCUAGAAGCUUCUACUUGCCUUGUACCAUUGGUAACACAAUCAUUGACAAAGCACUCUGUGAUUUGGGCUCCAGUAUCAACCUCAUGCCUCUGUCUAUGAUGAAAAAGCUAUCUAUAGAAGAAGUGAAGCCUACACAGAUGUCAUUGGAGCUAGUGGAUAGAUCUCUGGUAAUCCCUGAGGGGGUGAUUGAAAAUCUCCUGGUCAGAGUGGGAAAAUUCAUAUUUCCUACAGAUUUUGUAAUCUUGGACUUAGGUGAAGAGGGGCAUGAUUCUAUUAUACUGGGAAAACCUUUUCUGGCCACACCAAGGGCCAUCAUUGAUGUUGAACAAGAAGAAAUGACUCUGAGAGUAAAUGAUGAAAAGAUCACUCUGAAUGUCUUCCAGGAAGUACAUCACACUGUUGAAGAGAAAAGUUGCAUGAAGGUUGAAGAGGAAUAUGUACAUUGGGAAGAAAAAGCCAAGGAAACACUCCUCAACUCACCUGUGACGCAAGAAAUGGAUAGUAGAGAGGAAAUAGAGGGUAAGGAACAUGAGAAGGCUAAAAAGAGAAAGCAGGAAAGGGUUGAAGACUUGAUUUUUGAGAAGGAGGUGAAGAAAUGA